CAAGUUGUCAAAACAAAACCGGAGUCACGAAAAAAGUGAAAACAUUUUUCCACCAGCAGCUGUGCAAAAUCGUGAAAUUUGCGUGUUUUUUACACCGAAUACGGAAUACUAUUCCCGAAACCUUGUGAUACCGAACAAGCCGGCGUGAUAUUCAAUCAAAAUGUCGCAAGAGGUGGAAGAAACCCUGAAACGGAUCCAGUCGCACAAAGGAGUCGUCGGAACGAUCGUGGUCAACAAUGAAGGCAUUCCAGUGAAAAGCACCCUGGACAACACGACCACGGUGCAGUACGCCGGGCUGAUGAGUCAGCUGUCGGACAAAGCGCGCAGUGUCGUUCGCGAUCUGGACCCAUCCAACGAUCUGACAUUCCUGCGGGUUCGUUCGAAGAAGCACGAAAUCAUGGUCGCUCCGGAUAAGGACUUUCUGCUGAUUGUGAUCCAGAAUCCGACGGAUUGAGCUGGGUGGUCGUUCUUUCCAGGAAGGGAACACAAUUCGAGAGCGAGUAAAAUCGUUUUAAUUUAUUUAAUAAUUAUCUACAUGUAUUGGUUCAACUGGGUAAAAUUCUGCUAGGCGUUUAACUCUUUAUUUUAAAUUUUUAUGGUCAAAUUGAACUUGAAAUACUAAUUUACGCACUAAAACAGAAUGAACUCUUGUGCACUACAGAUCUUA